UUUGAAAAAUUACAGGAAGGCGAAGUCAAAUUCAGCGACUACGACUACGUAAUAGCACAUCCCAACAUCCUAACUGACUUGGUGCCAAUUCGUGGGCUGAUGAAGAGAAGGUUCCCCAACGUUCGCUCAGGUACCCUGGACGCUAACAUCUGUGAGCUAGUGAAGAAGUUUUCAGCCGGGGUACAGUACCGAGUUGUGAGGGAUGAGCAUCAGCAGAACUUCGGUUCUACUGAGGUUCCCAUUGGUCGGUUAAAUAUGGACACUAAACAGGUUGCGGAAAAUAUAGACACAUUAUUAAAGGACAUUCAGUCAGUAAGGCCGAAAAGAGAUGGACUAUUCAUAACGAGAUGUCUCAUAGUAAGUCCGCCAUCGUCCGAGAAGUUAAAGAUCGAUCCCUUCGUGCACGUAGAACGUACUCUGUCUAAAGAAGUGCAAGAGGACAGUGACGACGAAGAUGAAGCCGUCGCCGCAAAAGCUUAAAAUCUAGAUUAGAUUAUAUCUUUAUAAGAGUAGAUUAUAUAAUAAAGUCAUAUAAAU